AUGGCCAGCAACAUGCAGAGAUCGCCCAGGGGGCAGCGUGACCCGGCCCGCAUCAGAGAACCUUUCCUGAAGAUGGUCCACGCCCACGAGACCCUCCCGACGCCCCGCACGUGGGCUCAACGCGAGUUCGUCCUCCCCAGGGAGUCCUCGAAGCUGCCCGGCCUCACCCGGCAAGCCAACCACCAGCUGGCCCUGAAGCUGCCACCCUGCAUGGAAAUGAAGGCCAAGGUGCGUCAUCGACUGGCCUGCCCCUGGAAGGAUGCGGCCCAGCACACCUGGGGCUUCCACACGUGGCUGCAUGUGGGACGUCUGCCGGCCACCUUCCCCGCCAGGCCUGACAGGCCCUAUGACAGCAACGUCUGGCACUGGUUGACGGAUUCCAGGGCCCACCCACCCCCAGCAGAGCCCCCGGUGCCCCCUCCGUCCUGGAUGAGUCAAAACAGCUUUCUGACCUUCAUCUCCUGUACUCCUCUCUUUCUGGAUGCACAGAGGAGGUACCAGGUGAUUCUCAGGACAAUGAAGGAGCUGAGAGAGGUGGGGAAGCUCACGCUGAGGAGUGAGGUCAGGGCAUCCCUGCUCGAUGCCAACGGCAAUGUCCUGCCCCCGAAGAACUUCAAGAAGUAA